AUGACGCAACAGUCCAGGCAGUCCAAGCGUGAGGACUUUCCAUCCAGCGCAAGCGCAGAGGCAUUCGCGUCGGCGAUGCCUACUGCCAGCCUUGCCAGCAUCGAACGCGUGAAAUGUCUGGACGAGCAUGAAUUCCGGAAGCUCCUCCGUUCCCGCAGACUCAGCGAGAGCAGCGAGGAGAGUGAUGGCAUUCCCGUGGGCCGCCUCUGGGCCGUGGUGCCGGAGGACAUCCGACCGAAGGAGGCGCUGCCGUGGAUGAUUGCGAGGACCCCCAAGCAGACACUGCUUCGCGGCUUACUCCCGCAGUCCGACACGGACGACCUGCAGCGACGAUGUAAGAUUGGUGUGUGGGAGAAGGUGCAGGCUAUGAAGGCUUGGGCUGCUUUGCAGCUCCGCAGAAAGAAGGCUAGCAAAGUCGAUUCAAUCCUGUGA